AUGGAGUCAACCGAGGAGAUCAACAAGGAGCUCGAAAACAAGCUUAGGAAACUAGAGGAAGACAUCAUGCAUGUAAUAGAAUAUAAUAAUAAGCUGAAGGAGAUGAUGGAGGGCCUCAAGGUCGAGGAGAGACUUACACUUGAAUGGCUUCUUGACUGUCUCAAUGAUUCUAAGAAGUUUCUUCAGAAGAGCUCCAGCAUGGAUUUCUUUAUAUAG